GCUUUCUCCGACGAUUACUAUGCUAUUCUCUCUGCUCGGCAUUGCAAACCCUAGCUCUCUUCGCACACUUCCCAUUUUACCCUUCUAAGACUCUCUAAUUUCCCUUCUUCGCCAUCUGAAACUGAACAAAUUCGAUAAUUUGCUAAUAAAUUUCAAGCAUUGCCGUUUCUGAAGAUUUCUCGGGGUUGAAGCAAUGUCCGUCGCUACUAAGCUUCCAUCAUCAGCUAAACCGGCGACCGAACCUCGGGCGAUUCUCGGUCCCGCGGGGAACAGAGUUAGGGUUUCCGAGGAACCGAAGAAGAAAAUCGAUGCUCCGAAGAAGCCGCACAGGCCGAAAUUCCCGGUCUCCGAGGUGCCGCAGUCGGUCGUGCGGAAUAACAUCUCGGUCGACAGUUCAUGCUCGUCAGACUCUUCUUCCAGUGCCUCCUCACUGAAACUGCAAAGUUCUAGAAAGACGGUGAAGCGUAAUGUAGUCAAGCCUGUGAAGGCCAAGGUUGCCCCUGAUUGUGACGACGUUGCCGCUGAGAUCCCUCAGAAAAAGUCGGGACCUUUGAAGAGGUGUGAUUGGAUCACUCCAAAUUCAGACCCACUUUACACUUCAUUCCACGAUGAAGAAUGGGGAGUUCCAGUUCAUGAUGACAAGAAGCUGUUUGAGCUACUUGUCUUUUCCCAAGCAUUAGCCGAACUUAGCUGGCCAGCAAUACUCAGUAAGAGAGACAUAUUCAGGAAGCUUUUUGACAAUUUUGAUCCAUCAUCCGUUGCACAGUUUACUGAGAAGAAGUUACAAUCAUUUAAAGUAAAUGGGAGUUUGUUGCUGUCUGAACCGAAGCUCCAUGCCAUAGUUGAGAAUGCUAAACAGAUCCUUAAGGUUCAGCAAGAGUUUGGUUCCUUUAGCAGGUACUGCUGGUGUUUUGUAAACAACAAGCCAGUUAGGAAUGGGUUCCGUUAUGCACGUCAAGUACCAGUUAAGACACCAAAAGCGGAACUCAUCAGCAAGGAUCUUAUGCGGAGAGGCUUCCGUUGCGUAGGGCCUACUGUCGUUUAUUCGUUCAUGCAAGUGGCAGGGAUUGUUAACGAUCAUAUCGUAGCUUGCUUCAGAUACCAUGAAUGCACUGCAAAUGCCAAAAAUGAUAUGAAACCCAAGAUAGAGGAGAUAGAGGUACUUACUAAAGAUUUAGAAAAGACAUGUUUCUCUUGCUAGUUCAAUGCUUGAGUUACCGAUCACAUAAAUAUUAGCAAUUAAAAAAAACUAGUGAGAGAAGGAAUGAAGGCCCGAUUUUCUGGAACAAUGGUUUAGUAUUGUAGCAUGCUUUCUUCAACUUCACGUCUCGUUUUCUGGACUUCUUCAACUAAGGAAUUCUUCUCCCUUUGUAAAAACCCAAAUGUUGGUGAUCUUUUUAGAGCUUAUGUAACAUGUGAUAUACUUAUACUGGUUUUGUAAUAAAAUUCAGUUCCACAA